UUUAAAAAACAGAUAAAAACCCUUAAGACAAGGGAACCAGUGUGAGCACUCUCUAGAGCACGCCUUGCCUCCCCCCUUUCUUUCCUUGGGGAUAUAUCUUUUGCUUGCUUUCUCCUCAGCAAUUCUUUGUUGUGCAUUGAUUUUUAUGGACUGUUUAAGUAACAAUAAUAACACAAUGUACUGUUAGAGCACUUCGCAGUAGAGUUUUGUUAUUUGCUCUAAUUGGAGUGAAGUAGUAUCUGUGCUUCUCUAUUAAAAUAUUUGUUUCUUUUCUCUUAAGUUGAAGUCUCCAGUGAAUAUUGAAUUGCUGAAGAAUUUGGGAAAAGACAAGCUGAAGUUCCCAUUCCAUGGAUCCCUUGGGUGCACCUUCCCAGUUUGUGGAUGUGGAUACACUACCCAGCUGGGGUGUCUCUUGUGAAGAUGAAUUAAAUGCUUCUGAUACUGCAGUGGAAACAGACACCAUUAGAUCACCUUUUCUUUAUAACAAGACUAUCAAUGGAAAAGUGAUUCUUUGGAAAGGAGAUGUGGCAUUGCUGAACUGUACAGCCAUUGUGAAUACCAGCAAUGAAAAUCUUACGGAUAAGAAUCCUGUGUCAGAAAGUAUCUUCAUGCUUGCAGGGCCUGAUUUGAAGGAGGAACUCCAGAAACUUAAAGGGUGCCGUACAGGUGAAGCUAAACUGACGAAAGGAUUUCAUCUAGCUGCCCGGUUCAUAAUUCACACAGUGGGACCUAAGUACAAGAGCCGCUACCGCACAGCAGCUGAGAGUUCCCUGUACAGCUGCUACAGGAACGUCCUUCAGCUGGCAAAAGAGCAAUCAAUGUCUUCUGUUGGAUUCUGUGUCAUCAAUUCUGCAAAACGAGGUUAUCCUUUAGAGGAUGCCACACACAUAGCGCUUCGCACUGUAAGGAGAUUUCUAGAGAUUCAUGGGGAGACCAUUGAAAAAGUAGUAUUCGCUGUCUCUGAACUUGAAGAGGCUACUUACCAAAAGCUGCUACCUCUGUACUUCCCAAGGUCAUUAAAGGAGGAGAGUCGAUCGUUGCCGUACCUACCUGCAGAUAUUGGAAAUGCAGAAGGGGAGCCCGUGGUACCUGAACGGCAGAUUCGAAUAAGUGAGAAACCUGGCGCCCCGGAAGAUGACCAAGAAGAGGAGGAAGAAGGCUUGGGAGCUGAUCUCUCUUUCAUCGGCUCUCAUGCUUUUGCCAGAAUGGAAGGAGAUAUUGACAAGCAGAGAAGACUGAUCCUUCAGGGGCAGUUAUCCGAGGCAGCCCUGCAGAAGCAGCAUCAGAGAAAUUAUAAUCGCUGGUUGUGUCAAGCAAGAUCUGAGGACCUAUCGGAUAUUGCUUCUCUAAAAGCCUUAUACCAGACAGGUGUUGAUAACUGCGGUCGCACAGUGAUGGUGGUAGUUGGAAGAAACAUUCCUGUGACAUUAAUAGAUAUGGACAAGGCGCUCUUAUAUUUUAUCCAUGUGAUGGACCACAUUGCUGUGAAGGAAUAUGUAUUAGUAUAUUUCCACACACUGACCAGCGAGUACAAUCACCUGGACUCUGACUUCCUGAAGAAACUCUACGAUGUCGUUGACGUCAAGUAUAAGAGGAACUUGAAGGCUGUUUAUUUUGUUCAUCCAACAUUUCGUUCAAAGGUAUCAACAUGGUUUUUUACCACCUUUUCUGUCUCAGGACUGAAGGACAAGAUCCGCCACGUGGACAGCCUCCGCCAGCUGUUUUCUGCCAUCUCACCAGAACAGAUUGACUUUCCGCCUUUUGUCCUUGACUAUGAUGCCAGGGAAAAUGGGCCUUACUAUACAUCGUAUCCCCCAUCACCAGAUUUGUGACCUGCCGUCUCUCAGUGCUCCUGGUUUCCAUGGAUACCACGUUCUCCACGAAUCACUACCUGUCGAAAUGAUACUCAUUUUUCUGUACAGAUCCAGAGAGCCUUUUGUCCCCACCUCUCUGGUAUUUUUUUAUUGACUGUAUAUUUUCUGGUAUAUAAGCAAUCUGAAAAUGGUAGGCCAUUCUGAAUUGCACACUUAUUUUAAAUUUGUAUAUUUGUAUCAAAUGAAAAUGUUCAUUUUUAGAGGGUUGUUAAUAGAAAUUGGGGAGCAACUUUUGAGUAUGUUCAGUUUCCUGAAAGGACACUGGGUUCUCCAUUAGACAAGGCACCAAUAUCGCUCACGUCAUCUCUUUAACCACACCCUUCCUUUGUGUAUGUAAGCAUAUCUCAAAAUAUAUAGAACCAAUGGAUGCUGACCGGAUGCAUUAUUUACUUCAGAUCCUAUCAUUAUGUUUUAUACAGAUAAUGUGAUGAUAAAAGAGAAUUGUCUGGGACCAAGGAUGUGGAAAUGAUCUGAUCAAAAACGUUAAAAUCGUUGGCAAAAUAUAAGUCUUAGAAUUUUACUGCACCAGUUAUGACAAAGAUUUAAGAACUAAAGUUCUAUGGAGCACAUGGUUAAGAUUGUUCUGGUAUCAACAGUGGGGGAAACAGGAAGAGGGUAGGUAUCUUCAGCCUUUUUCCUACAAUCAUAGGGGAUUCGGUCUUAUUCAAGAGGACUGUGUGUAUUGGUACUCUGCAGUGGAGGGUAUCCCCUGACACUCAUCUGUGAGCCUUUAGAGGGUGCACUGGCUUCCCAGAGUCAUGAACAAUCUUGUUUGAGUCUUAGAGCUGCCCCUCUAAGGACACGUCCUCGUUGCUCACGUCAGCAUGGAGGGAGUAUGUUGCAUGGAACAAAAUUCUAGACCAUUUUUGUCACUCAGGCUCUGUCUGUGCCUUAGCUUGCUCAUGAAUAAAAAUGAGAAUUAUGCUCCCUACCUCCCAGAGGUACCAUGAGGAUAGCAUGUAGAAAGGGCUUUGGAUGGCUUUGGAUGAAAACUGCUAGGGGAGUUUGUGUGGUGGGGUGUCUUCUGUUAGCUUUUUCGGUGAUAAUACAUAUGCCUGAGGGAGUGCUCCAGGCCACUCCUCUUGUCCUUGGCACCUUCCGAGUGACUUCUCUUUUCUUGGGAGGAGAGCUGUUAGAGUGAAACCCCAACCCAGAGGACUUUGUCCUGCUCUGUCUGGAUUUCUCCCGGCUGCCUCCUCCCCCUGUGCUGCACUUUAACAAGAGGCGCCUGUGAGCCAUUGUGAGCGUUUCUUCUUGAAUUAAGGUUGCACUGUUAUCAUUUCCAUCUGGGGGGCUUCAUGUUCCUUUUGGCUCCUAUACCUGCCCAUCUCCUUCACCCCGGUGUGUCCGUCGGCGUUUUGGAGAAGAAAAGGUAGAAGUCUGUUCUGAAGUGCUCGGGAUUGGUGCUUCCAAGGGUCCUGUUCCCUGUGCCCAAGUUAAUUCUUCAGUGGAAGUAAAAGACAACUUCCCUGUUUAUGACAGAGAAAUCCUCCUGGUGUGUUAACUGCGUCCCGUAGUUUCCCAUGUAAACCAGAAAGGCUUUACGUUUUGUAGAUACGAGCUCUCAUCUGCAUGUAGUGGACACAUUUGCUUUCUGUGGGAAAUCAAAACCACUUGUUCCUUUAUAUGCUUAUUUGCUAAGGACUUGUUGAUGAUUUAGAUCAUCAGGCCCAAUGAGCCAGUCCAAUGUCUCGUAUUAAGUUUCCUCUCAAAUAGCAGUAAUCCUUUAGCCCCAUGAGCCUUGAACCUUGCAAAUCUGAAAAAUUAACUUCAUCCUCUGGGCAAUUGUUAGGUCAGUUUGAGGUAUCUUUUCACUGGGAACAGUUACAAAAAUAUGCCAGCUCUUCUUUGUUAAAGCUGGGCGUGGCUACCUCAAAUUGGCACCAUUUUCUCUAUAGGUAAUAGAGGCCGCAAGCUACUUGGCCGUUUGAAAGUUAGCAAGUUUAUAUGGAUACUUUCUUAUAGGCAAUAAUUUUGAAAAGAUGUCUCUUUGCUGUGUGUAUACCGGUGUAUCAAUGCUUAGUGAUCCAACAGGAGUCUGCAUGCACUGAGAUUCUAGGUCAGCUGAUGUCUAGUUCAGAUGGAAAGGUAGUGUAGGACUACAUGCAUAUCCACCUCAUUUCAUAAUUUAAUGGAGUCUAGAAAUACGGGAUGCUCUUCUCAUUGAAACUAAAUUUGGUGUGGGAUCAAGUUCAUGUUUUUAUAGCUGUCUAAAGUGUUAUGUAAUGAAAUUGUUUCUCAGUGUACUGAAGUCCUAGGAGUGGAACAUAGUGGCCUGAUACUGAAAUGAUUAAGUAACGUUCAGUGUAUAUCUGCCUUUGUUGAACGGCUGGAUAGCCUGGGUGACACGUGUCUUGUUCAAGGACAUAUUUGAAGAUGAAAGGGUGACUGGGUGGGGAUGACCACUAGCAUCUGAUGUUAAUUGAAAGCACCACCAGGCCCUUAAUUCAAUUAAACUUCGGUCAUGCCAAAUGCUAGUUUGAAUGGAGGAAGCAACAACUUACAAAAUACUAAGUUCAUUCAUUCAUUAAUUCAUGCAGGGCAUAAUGUGAUUUUUUAAAACAAGUACGUUUCUUGCUUCAGCAUAUGUUUGGAUUCUUCCUAACUGUCUGUAUCUAAGUUU